GAGACAACAGAGAAUUGCCGAAACCGGUCAUCUAUAUGAGUAAAUGAUUUUAGCGAUCGUGGUAGUUGCAAAUUUAUUUUGUGUUCACAUUCCCAUGUUUACACUGCUGCAAGCUUGCUUAUUAAGUUUUCUAACCAAACCCUCUCGUAAAUAAUACAGAAUAAUAAGUGGAUAUUAAAGAAGGUCUCAAAACAACUCAUUAGCUCCAAAUUAAGAUUUGUUCUUCCAAUGUGGCUACGAUCAUCGAAAGCUGGACGAAAAGUUAUUCGUUUAGCGUACAAUAUUGCGGAACAAAGUAUUAGUCUAUAGAUAUAAGACAGUGGUACUAACGAAAAGUAGAUUAAACAUCUGAAUCUGUCAGUUUAACAUAGAGGACAAGCAAAUCUAAAUGUCAGUAUGGUUAAGCACUAAAAUUGCUCCAGGUAGAUGAAAUGAGCCCAGACUAACAAGUGGCGAUAGCUUUUGAUACAGUGGGCAGUGCUAUCUCGCAGAGUUUAUGUUCUGCAACAAACUCUCCUUGGAGAUGAUAACGUCAAGGGGGAACAGAUGUUUGGAUUCCAGACACCAAAAAGGAGGAAUGCUUUAGCACAGAAAGCUUUGGAAUCUGUGCAGACACCAGACCGGGAAGGAAUACCUAAGGCACAUGGACUCAAUGGCCAGUUCCAGACACCAAAAAGAAGAAGUGCUUUGGCAUCUGUACAGACACCUGACCAGGAAGGGGUAACUAAGGCACGUGGACUCAGUGGCCACGCCACCCCAACUAGUUCUCAUACUCGGAGUAAAACCAGAACCCCUCAGCGAAGACACUCUGUGUGCACUCCACUGAGGAAACUGAGGACACCGUCGAGGCAGGUUCAAACUCCUUCAACUCGACUGAGGCAACUUGAUGCGGAUACAGCAAAGACACCCUAUAAUUUGCGCAAGAGAAUUGGAAAAAAGAUUGUACAAAUGACCAAGGAUGAUAGCAGUGAUAGUGAUAUUUCUUCAAGUGAAAGUGAGUACUGCCCCAGUGAUGAGAAUGAGGAAGAUAUUGCAGAGAAUGAGGAAGAAAAUACAGAGAAUGAGGAAGAAAAUAAUACAUCUGCUGGAGAUACUGAUUCCGAUGAUGAUCGGAGGUCACAUGAGAGUGAAUGUGCCAGUCGUAGUGCAGCAAGAAAGGAGAAGAGAAUACUGCCACAAAAUUCAGGCUUACUGUCAGCUUGUAACGUUAAAGAAUCUGAUUAUAAACUUGAGCCAGAGCAAUACUUCAGCACUCAUUCGAACAAAAAGCACCAUACAUCAGGCCGGCUUCUCAGUUCUCGACUGAGCCAGGAUGUUCUGCAAAAGCUGUUAUCUGAAGUGCCUGAGAAACACAGCAAAUGUAUUGCUAAACUUUGCAAGAAUCAUCUGAGACUCUUUCCAAAUUGGCACUUUGCUCUCAGGGAAGGCUUCAGUAUCCUUCUGUAUGGUGUGGGAUCAAAAAGGAAGCUCCUGCAGUCUUUUCAGGAAACAGUUAUGGAUGAGAGUGACGUGCUUGUUGUCAAUGGAUUUUUCCCAAGUCUUUCAAUCAAUGAGGUUGUCAAUAUGAUAGCUAAAAAUAUUCUUGAGUUAUCAAAUGUGCCUGCUGACCUCUAUGAAUGUUUAGAACUGGUCCAGAGCUGGUACUCUGGCAUAUACAAGAAUUCUUUGUACCUUAUUGUGCAUAAUAUUGAUGGCGAAAUGUUGCGCAAUGACAAAUGCCAAGAUGUUCUGAGUCGUCUAGCUAGCACUCCUAAUAUAUACCUGCUAGCUUCUAUAGAUCACAUAAAUGCUCCCUUAGUCUGGGAUCAAGCGAAGUUGAGCAGCUUUAACUUCACAUGGUGGGAUGUAACAAAUUUCCUUCCAUAUUUCAUGGAAACAUCAUUUGAAUGCUCUGUGAUGGUGAAAAAUUCUGGGAGCCUGGCACUAUCAUCAUUAAAUAAUGUGUUCAAAGCUCUCACAACAAAUGCACGCAGUAUCUUCCUGCUCAUUGCCCAGCGCCAUAUUGAAAAUAAAGACAACAGUAAUUUUCGAGGUGUUUUGUUCCGAGAUCUGUACCAGGCCUGCCGUGAUGCUCUUCUUGUAAGCUCAGACCUGGCUCUCCGUUCGCAACUCACUGAUUUUUUGGACCACCACAUGCUGAGAUCACGCCGUGGAGCUGAUGGUUCUGAGUACCUUCACAUCCCAGUAGAGAGUUCAGUUCUGAAUCAGUUUAUGGCACAACAUAGUUGUGAUGAUUAAUGUCAUAAAAAUGUCCUGAAGGAGGAGCUAUGUGCUAAAAACAGAGCUACAACCCUACAAAGAGUAUGUUGUAAAGAGUAUGUAAAUAGUUUUUGUUGGGACUAUAGAUUUUUAGAAUUAUUUGUCAUGUACAUCACUGUUAUUGACCAUGGCCCACACACAUAAACAGCUGUAAUAGUCUCACAAAGAUUUUUCCUGUGAGGUGUUGGCGAUUACUGAAAGACAUAUGUCUUCUUAUUUGUUAUAUAUUUUAGUUUACUGGAAUGAAUUUUAACUGUUCUGACACAUAAUCAGGCUGCACGAUACUUUGUCAGAUGUUUGAGAAGUGAGUAUUUUAUAAAAAAAAGCAGAAUCUUGAAAUUAAUUUCUUAUUUAUCAUACAUCUUAGUUUACUUGGAUGUAUUUUUAUCAUUGUGACACACAUUUUUUAUAUUUUUA